AGCGAAACAUGUUCCACGUUCCACGCUGGACGUAGCCGAUGCUUUUUAAAGUUGACUUUAUUGAUUGUAGAAUAGAAUUCAAACAAAUAGUUUUAUUUCUAAACAAUUUUUCAAUAUUAAUUCUAUUUCGUAAAUUCAUUCUAAUAAAAAACUCUUUCAAAUUAAAAAAAAAAAAAUUGAUAAAGUUAACAGCUGAUCAUUCGGUUUGAUGCUUGUGCUUAGUGUUUGUGUAUGCGCUUUUGCUAAUUCCAGUUUUUUAGUUGGUUUGUGUCAAGUAUUUCAUGUAGAUUUUAGAUAGAAAUUUGAAGAAAAUGUUUUAACAUGUAGUUGAGAACUAAAAUGUUACUUAUUAAUGUAUAUUCUGUGUUUGUAAAAGUUUUAUAAAUGAAACACACAUUUAACCUACAGCAUCAAUGACAUUAAUUGGAAUUACAGUACUGUGAUGUAAUUGAAUUAUAAUGGAGACAAAUCGCUGGAUGAAUGGAGGAAUGGAAUAUGAUCAACAGUUUAGGCAGAAGAUUGACUAUCAUAAUCGAUGCUGCGGUGGAUGGUUGUGGUGUAUCAAGGACAUAUGCGGAGUGGUGUGUGCAAUAUUGACAUGGCUUCUAAUCUUAUAUGCGGAGUUUGUGGUGAUGAUGGUAAUGCUGAUUCCCAGCCCCUACCCAGUUUACAGCUACAUCAAUAUUCUCAUCUUCCAGACAUUAGCAUUCCUCGCGUUUGCUUCUCAUUUGCGUACUAUGUUCACUGACCCAGGUUCUGUACCGAAAGGAAAUGCGACAAGAGAAAUGAUUCAACAAAUGGGAUGCAGAGACGGACAGAUAGUAUUCAAAUGCCUGAAAUGUUGCAGCAUUAAGCCGGACAGAGCCCAUCAUUGCUCUGUUUGUCAAAGGUGCAUCAGAAAAAUGGACCAUCAUUGCCCAUGGGUUAAUAAUUGUGUUGGAGAAGACAAUCAAAAAUAUUUUGUUCUGUUCACGUUCUACAUAGCUUCGAUUUCGGUGCACUCGCUGUUUCUGGCGGGCAACCAGUUUGUGACGUGUGUGCGAGUCGAGUGGAAGGAGUGUUCGGGAUUUUCGCCUCCAACCACCGUCUUCUUCCUCGUCUUCCUGGUUUUCGAGGCUCUGCUUUUUGCCAUCUUCACGGCCGCCAUGCUGGGCACUCAACUGCAGGCAAUCUGGAACGAUGAAACUGGCAUAGAACAGCUCAAAAAAGAGGAGGCAAGAUGGGUGAAGAAGUCCAGAUGGAAAAACAUUCAAUUCGUUUUUGGACGGUUUUCUCUAGCCUGGUUCUCACCUUUCACUCGGCCGCCUCCCAAAGUCAAAAUCGAAAACUAUUUGUACUCAGUGUGACCUGUUUCUGUUCACAACUCACUUUACCAUAUUGUGUAUUCGUCAACUUCUGUAUUUAUAACGCCAAUCAUCCGUAAAUGUGUGUAGUUAGCUAGACAUAGCAAAGAACUGAUCAUAUAUAUUUUCUAUUAAUCGAUUGUGGAAAUUGAUUUGUUGAUUGUAAUUGGUCCAACAACUUACCACUGUUCUACUGUGAUAUUGAUCUACUAUUUAAGAAGAGUAUCUCGCUAGCAUAGAAGCAUUUAUUGUCAUAUUUCUGAUCCAUGUCCAGUAAGAAAUCGAUUUUGCUGAUUCCAAGACUUUUCACCCUCUGGGUAGUGAUAUGAACAGAUUUUCUAGUAUCUUUUGUGUAAAUAAUGAUGUAUGAGUUGUAUUAUUCGAUUAGAAGUUUAUGUAUAUCUAUGUUGUGGUGGAAGAUUUAAAUUUAUAUUACGCAAUAAAUUACGUAGAUUUUCUACUGAUUGUAAUAUUUAUAAUAAUCCAUUUCUGUGACUGAUGUUUAGGAUGAAAAUUUUUUAUCAAAUUUGAUUCUUCCAAACUGUGUAUUUUAUCUUAUUAGUGAUACUUAGCAUGAUUCUUUCCAUGAAUUUUUCCAUGCUUGAAAGGGAACUACUUCCAUUAUAAGAUCAGCAACAUUUUUGUUGUUAUCAUUGUAAUAAUUGAUCUUCAUUUUUACAUACUCUAUUAUUCUAUAUUAUUCCGGUUCGUUAUCAGUGUAAUUUGACAUUCUUAUAUCCUUAUCUGCUUACUUUAUUUUUUAUAUUCUAUCAUCACAAAUAAUUAAUAAUAGACAUCAAUGAGAAGUAAUUCCUUCCUUAAAUGAAAUAUUAUUAGUAAUAGUAACCAUUGUAAAUGACUUCCCAGGACAUUUUCAAGCCCAGACAGUACAGUAACCUUUGGAAAGUUUAUCUAUAAGCUCUUUUACGGGGUUUUUGUAGAUAUCUUCUUCACGUGAUUCUGGUCCAUAGACAUAAUUGAAUCCCAUACUAAAAUAUUUUAUAACAAUUUGAGGCUCCUUGUGGUGCGACUAUAAUCAAAUAAAUACGACUUUCUUUUCAUUCUUCACUUUCAACGAGUGGUCGAAAUUGCCACUUGAACCGUUUCAUUUAGACUCAUCCACAACAGAGAGUUUUUUUUAGUAAGUGAAAUAUCUGAUGAAUUAAAUAAUUAAUAGCCAAGUACAUUGUUCACACUCUUGACGCUCAUCAAGCUAAAGCAACAAGGAAUGGAAUCUAAGUUUAUUAAUUUAUGAAUGUGAAAAUUUUAUUGAUCAAGCAAUGAAUGAGACCUAAGUUUUAAAUGUUAUCUCGAAGCCAGAGGGAUAUUUUAAAAAUAAUCGUUUAUUGAAAUUGAAAUUUUAAUCAUAAUAAGAAUGAAUAAAUCCACUUUUAAUUCUUAUCAAUUUUAAUCUAUUAUUUUAUUAAUUUUUAAAGUAAUCAAUACAAUUAUAUUCUUGAAUAAAUUUAGUAAUUCUCAUGGGAGAAUAAUAUAAUGUAUUAUUAUAUUAUAUUAUAAAUUUUAAAAUUUUAUUUUUAUAACCGACGAUUGAACUAGAUAUUUUAAAUUUAUAUUUUGAAAAAUUACUAAAAAAAGAAAUAUUUCACUCAAAUCUACUAAUUUGAGACGUUUUUCAUCACUUUUUAAAUGAUAAAAUGGACUAUUUUAAAAUUGAAUGAAAAUAAUCCCAGCGCCCUCAGCCUCAUUUAUUUAGGAAUAAAUGAAAAAUUUUAUUCACUUGCACAGUAUUAUAAUUUUAAAAAUUCUAUCUUAAUAGAAUCUCUAAUCACUGUUGGUUUUUGUUGUCCCCAUUAGAAUAUAUUUUAUGUAUAAUUAUUAUUGGUAAUAAAUAUCAUGCUAUGCUUAAUACUUUUUGAGCAUUUCUUACAUCAAUGAGGCUAUUAACUGGUAAACACUUAUUUUCAAAAUUUAUAUCAUUUCAUAAACAUGACAAUAAUUUUAUCAAUUCACUUAUUCUUUUCUUCAACUUCAUAAGUCUGUCGGAUUGAUUUAUACGGCGUUUUGCAUGUAGAUUUUUGUGUCUUGUAAGAUCGGACUCUCAUAAAAUUAUUUAUUAUUGUGAUGUUAUUUUAUAAAAUUUUAUUGACUGUUUAUCAUAACUAUUUGUGGUAAAUGUAUUUCAAUGUUACACUCCCUCCUCCACUCUUCCCCAAACUGGCACUUUUCUUUCUUUUGAUAAUUAUGUAGCAACCGUAAAUAGUUUUAAUAAAUGAGGGGAGUGAUUUUAAUAAACUCAAGCCGUUCAUUCAAUAUGGAUAUCUUAUACAAACCACUUUCAAUAUUCCUUCACAUUAUAGUAUAUAGAUGGCAUUCAAUCUAAAGUUCAGAAAACGUUUCACUCAGAUAACCUCAAACAUGUAAACUCAAAUCUGGAGUCUUUUAAAAAAUUAAUUGAAUUUGACAUGAUUUAAAUAAAACUGUUUGAAAUUGCAUUCUAAUUAAAAUCAAACUCAAUCACACUGAUAUAUCAUUUUUAAACUAACCUUUUAAAUGGAUUCA